AGUGUAAUAGAAAUAGAAUCAAUGGAAGGCGAUGAAGAAGAAAAUGCCUUGCUUUGGAAUGGAGUUGAGUGCAAAGAAGGCAUUUCCUUCGCUUCGCAACGUCCCUGCGUAAAGAUACAAUACAUAUUAACUUCAUAAACAGUUUCAGAAAUUUGAGAGGUAUCGAUAUAAGCUUGAGAUUUCAGCACAUGGAAACUUUGACAUUUCAAAGGAGGCCGAGUUUUUCGGAUUCAGGACGACAUAACAAAGAUGCUUCCAUCAAACCAAGAGAUGGAAUUCCACAGCAAAAAACAAGAUCCUCCAAAGAGGGUACUCAUAAAAAGGAGUCCAAGAAGUUACGGUGGUAUUUUGCAAACGAAAUGAACGAGGAUUAUGAUUCAAGGGAUUUAGAGUUUGCCACUGCAGCAGCAUCAGCUGCAUUUGCAAUUCGCUCACAAGAAGAAACUGAUUUACAAUACCAGAAAAAUAAGAGUGGAAGUCUGGAAACGCCCUUAACAAAGGUUAAAACCAGAAAAGAUGACAUAACCAGGCGACCGUCUAACAAAGAAACAACAAAUCCUGGCCAAUCUUCCAUAAAGAAGCCAACGGGACAUGAAAAGGACUCAAUGACUGGAAUUCCUUUAUCGCCACCAAGACGAAGCCUUGUAGAAACUAGAGCUGAUGUGUGGGAGAGACAUAACAUGGAGAAGAUUAGAAAAAGGUACGAAAAAAUAAAAUUGUCAAUUCAUGCCUGGGAGAAUAAGAAGAAAAUGCAUGCCAAACUUCAUAAGGAAAAGAAAAUGGCUGAAUUGGAGAACAAAAAGGCACUGUUUCUGCAAAAUUACCAGGACAACAUAGUACGAAUCGACCAGAUCACGGAGGGAGCAAGGGCACAACUAGAACAAAAAAGAAUAAGGGAAGAGAAGAAAGCAAGAGAAACAGCUAACCGAAUCAGGUCGACCGGAAGACUUCCUGUGACUUGUUUCUGCAUCCAGUAUCACUAA